AUGCUUUUGUAUGUGGAUGAUAUCUUAUUGGCAAUCAAUAAUCAACAACAUAUGAAUGACGUGAAAGCCCACUUGCAUGGAAACCUCAGUAUGACAGAUUUGGGACCGUUGAAGUAUUUCCUAGGAAUUGAGGUUACAAGAUGGCAACAUGGUUUUAUUCUAAGCCAAAGAAAGUUUGCACUUAAUGUAUUAAAAGAUACAAGAAUGGAGCCUUGUCGACCAAGUGCUUUUCCAAUAGAGCAGAAUUGCAAGCUCACUAUAGAAGAUGAUGAACCUUGCUCAGACCUUCAUCAAUAUAGAAGGUUAGUUAGGAGAUUGUUCUACUUAACUAUAACAUAUCCUGAUAUCACAUUUGCUGUGAACAUAUUAAUUAAGUUCAACAGAGAGCCUAAGAAGUCUUAUAUGGAUGCACUUGAACGAGUAUUGCGGUAUAUCAAGAUGACAUUAGGACAAGGCAUAUUUCUUAGCUCCACAAGACCUUCAAGACUAGAAGCCUAUAAUGAUGCUAAUUGGGUUGGAUGCUAA